UUUAUUGCGAGCGCUGCCAGCACUGGACAGCCUUGAGACUUUACAAGAAUUCCUCUGUAACUUUUGAAAAAACGUGCUGGUUCUGCAGGUAGCUUAACGGAGGAAUAUGAUCAGUUCAAUAAGUGUUCAUAGUUGUAACUGUCAAUGUUAAGAGGGCAGAUUCUUUGAAAAUCAGUAUGAACUUAAAGGGUCUCGGCGCGGUGUUACUGGUGCUUCUCACUAUAAGUACAGAGGUGCGCAAAUCGGAGUCUGCGGCGUGUCAUGGUUGUGGGACUGGACCAAAGUGUGACUGCAGUGGGGUGAAAGGACAGAAGGGUGAUCGAGGGUAUCCAGGUUUAACGGGCCAAACAGGUGUUCCAGGUUUCCCAGGACCAGAAGGGCCGAUUGGACCUCGUGGAGAGAAGGGUGAUGAUGGACCUUCAGGGCCGGGUGGGCCUAAAGGAAUAAGAGGACCUUCUGGAUUGCCAGGCUUCCCGGGAACACCAGGAAUCCCAGGUCUCCCAGGACAGGAUGGCGCCCCAGGACCCAAAGGAGUUCCAGGCUGUAACGGAACCAAAGGUGAAAGAGGAUUCUUGGGAAGUCCAGGCCUUCCAGGUUUAGUGGGUUCACCAGGUCCACCAGGUUUUAUAGGACAAAAGGGGGAGCCUGGGGAUGUCAUAGAAAUUAAUCGCCCAUCAGAAAAGGGGACUCCUGGCUUUAAUGGUUUACCAGGCUCCAGGGGUGAUCCUGGACCCCCGGGUCUUCCAGGUCCUGUUGGUCCUUCUGGUCCACAAGGGUAUGAGGGGCGUCCAGGCCCACCUGGUCCACCAGGGCCAAAGGGAAACAUGGGAUUGAACUUCCAAGGACCCAAAGGAGAGAAGGGUGACCGUGGAUUAAAAGGACCUCCUGGGCCACCAGGGCAGGUUGGCGAAGUAUCAGGCUUACCUGAUACAGUCAUUCAACAAGGAGAAAAGGGUGAUCGCGGCCCACCUGGAGAUCCUGGUUUUCCAGGUUCCCCUGGACCCCCCGGUCCACAAGGGGGCCAGAAAGGUGAGAAAGGAGAAACUGGGGACCUUGGAAAGAGAGGAAAACCUGGCAAAGAUGGUGAACAAGGCCUCCCUGGAUAUCCAGGUGAUAAAGGAGAACCAGGUCCUCCUGGUCUAUCGGGGCGAGAUGGUUCAAGAGGUGUGAAAGGUGAUCGAGGACCUCCUGGACCUCCAUCAUACAGGGAUGGGCCGUUCCCAGGCAUAGGUGGAAUAGGACCGAAAGGAGACAGUGGCGAGCCAGGAUUCCCUGGCCCUAAAGGAGACAGAGGACUGCCAGGUAUCCAGGGGCCAUCUGGUCCACCAGGUCCUGCAGGAAUUGGAGGUCCAGGUCCUUCUGGUCCACCAGGUUUACCUGGAGAGAGAGGAGAAAAAGGUGAUGAGGGAAAGCCUGGAAGCACCGUCCCUGGAACACCUGGGAGAACAGGUCCACCAGGCUCCCAAGGAGUCCCAGGACCUCCUGGUCCCCCAGGAAUAUUAAACGGCAACACAGAAUGUACUCGUGGUCCUCCCGGUCCUCCAGGCCUGCAGGGGGAGCGAGGAUUUACUGGAGAAACAGGACAGAGAGGUCAAAAAGGAGAGACAUGUGUCAAUUGUUUCACUAAUGGAAACCCUGUCCCAGGACCCCCAGGGUUUCCAGGUCCUCCUGGAAAUCCAGGUGCACCUGGUUUGCCUGGAUCUAUAGGAGACAGAGGAUUCCCGGGAGGGCCAGGGCUCAUGGGCCCACCUGGGAUACCAGGACCUGAGGGUCUCCCUGGAGUCCCUGGAGAGAAGGGCGACUCAGGCAAUGCACUCCCUGUUCCGGGUGUGAGAGGUGAAAAGGGAGACACAGGCUUUCCUGGCCCUCCAGGUCUGCCGGGACUUGACGGAAGACCUGGUCGGGAUGGAGUUCCUGGUCCCCCAGGCCUCAGAGGACCACCUGGUUCGGCAUUAGUGAAAGGCUCACAAGGUCCACCAGGUGAACCUGGCUUGCCAGGACCUGCAGGAGACAGGGGUCAGCCGGGUCCCCCGGGAUUUGGUCCUCAGGGACCUCCUGGAGAGAAAGGUAUCCAGGGUGUUUCAGGAAGAUCAGGGGCCCCUGGAGCACCAGGUCAGAAAGGUGAACCUGGGUUGGCAGUGUCAGAAAAAGGUGAACGUGGGCCCUCAGGACGUGAUGGAGAUCCAGGUUUGCCAGGAAGUCCAGGUAAUCCAGGCCUACCAGGACAGCCUGGGUUCCCUGGCUUACCUGGACCCAAAGGAGAUACUGGUCUUCCUGGUAUUGGUUUGCCAGGACCCCCUGGUCCUAAAGGAUUUCCUGGUAUUGCUGGUUCCCCUGGUGGACCUGGUAUUCCUGGACGACCAGGUUUGGAUGGACUGCCUGGUCAGCCUGGAUUUCCUGGAUCCAAAGGAGAGCCUGGUUUUGCUCUACCUGGACCUCUAGGUCCUACAGGAUUACCAGGCAGUAAAGGUGCUUCAGGUCCUAAAGGUGAUCCUGGUUUCCCUGGAAGCCCUGGUGCACCAGGUCGUCCAGGUCUUGAUGGUGCCUUUGGAUCUAAAGGUGAUCCUGGUUUUCCUGGUGGUCCUGGUCCUCGUGGCCCCCCAGGGCCUCCUGCCUUUGGCCUUCAGGGCCCUCCUGGUCCUCCUGGAGCUCCUGGCUCUAUGGGGUCUCCUGGUGUCCCUGGUGCAAAUGGAGAGAAAGGAGACCGUGGCCCCCCAGGUUCGAGUUUUCCAGGGUUGCAAGGUGACAGAGGAAGCCCUGGAUUUCCUGGGCCUCCUGGUCCUGCUGGUCCACCUGGGGGUCCAGGACUACUUGGUCAAGAUGGCCUACCAGGACUGCCUGGGUCUAAAGGAGACAUUGGUGGGAUGGGUGCUCCAGGACCUGCAGGUGCCUCUGGCAACCCUGGCAGACAAGGCUUUCCAGGACCAAAAGGAGAUGAUGGUGUCCCAGGACGACCAGGAAGCCCAGGUUUCCCGGGAUCAAAGGGAGACAGAGGUGACCCAGGCAUUCCAGGCCCACCUGGCCUAGGCCCACCUACAAAUCUACUUAAGGGACAAAAAGGAGAAUCCGGAGUUCCAGGUUUUAGCGGACCACCAGGAGCAAAGGGUAUUCCCGGUAUCCCUGGAGAUCCUGGUUUCCCUGGGCAAGAUGGAAGGCCAGGUCAACCGGGACCUUCAGGCCCCAAAGGUGAUCUUGGUAUUCCAGGAACUCCAGGGUCUCCAGGAGCACAAGGACUGAAGGGUAGCAUGGGGGAGAUGGGAUUACCAGGAGUUCCUGGAGUGAAAGGAAACUCCGGCCAACCAGGCCGACCUGGCCAGUCUGGUUCCCCAGGAACACGAGGGUUCCCUGGACCCAAAGGUGAUCCUGGCUCACCAGGAUUUGGAGCACCGGGAGCUCCUGGGCCAAAGGGUGAAUCAGGCUCUCCAGGAUUUCCUGGAACCCCUGGUCUGAAAGGCCAGCCUGGCUUUUCAGGACCUCCAGGCUUGCCUGGUAGCCCUGGACUAAAGGGUGAUCCAGGACUCCCAGGGUUCCAAGGUUCUCCUGGCAUUCCUGGCCAGAAAGGUUUGGAUGGUGCUCCGGGCACUCCUGGUCCUAGUGGAGCAUCUGGUAGGCCAGGAGAUCCUGGACGACCUGGAUUACCUGGCCUCCCUGGUGAUAAAGGUCUUGCUGGUCGUGAUGGUAUUCCAGGACCUCCAGGACAAAAGGGUGAAGCAGGCGCUCCAGGCCUUGGUGGCCCAGGCCCACCCGGUUUCCCUGGUUCACCAGGGCCUAAAGGAGACCCUGGUUUUCCGGGUCCUGCUGGUAGUCCUGGAUUUCCUGGUUCAAAGGGUGAUGCAGGAUUUCCUGGGUUGCCUGGUCCAGUUGGUCCUGGAGGAUCACCUGGGCCUCCAGGCCUGCCUGUGCAGGGACCUAAAGGUUUCCAAGGUCCACCUGGUUCCCCCGGAAGAGCUGGUCCUCCUGGCCCUGAGGGUACCCGUGGACCUCCAGGUAGUGGAGGAGUAAAAGGUGAGAAGGGCAUGCCUGGGACACCUGGGACACCUGGUGCACCAGGACUGAAAGGAGAUUAUGGUCCCCCAGGCUUUCCGGGUACUCCAGGAAAUCCAGGACCUAGCGGCCUAAAAGGAGAUACUGGACCUCAAGGUGUUCCUGGAUUCCCAGGACCUAAAGGACAGCCUGGCCUUCCUGGAUCUAAUGGCAUCCCAGGAGAACGUGGUGAAUCUGGAACACCAGGUUCUCCUGGUGAGCCAGGCUUUGCUCCAGACCCAAUUCUUUUGAAGGGGGAGCGUGGUUCACCAGGACCACCUGGUAUCCCAGGCAGCAGAGGCCCAACAGGUCCCUUGGGAUUGCAGGGUCUUCCAGGUUCACCUGGUGACCCCGGAGACCCAGGUCCAAUGGGACCUCCAGGAUUUACCGGCUCACCAGGACGGAAGGGAGAUACAGGACCAGCUGGACAACCAGGUCAGCGUGGUUACCCCGGCCCUCCAGGUCCAGAAGGGAUUCAGGGCCCUCCAGGUAUCGCUGGAUCAUCGUCUGCCGCACACGGUUUUCUGAUCACACGCCACAGUCAGACCACAGAGGUGCCAUCGUGUCCUGGAGAUACAAGUCUCAUCUAUGACGGCUACUCUUUACUCUAUGUGCAAGGCAACGAGAGGGCGCAUGGACAGGACCUGGGUACGGCUGGUAGUUGUCUACGUCGUUUCAGCACGAUGCCUUUCAUGUUCUGCAACAUCAACAAUGUCUGCAACUUUGCUUCCCGCAAUGACUACUCCUAUUGGCUGUCCACACCACAGCCCAUGCCCAUGAACAUGGCGCCUAUCACUGGAGAGAGCAUCAAACCUUUCAUCAGUCGGUGCUCUGUAUGCGAAGCUCCAGCCAUGGUGAUUGCUAUACACAGCCAGACCAUUCAGGUGCCAUCCUGCCCGAACGACUGGUCUGUGCUCUGGAUCGGUUACUCCUUCAUGAUGCACACCAGUGCAGGUGCUGAGGGCUCAGGUCAGGCUCUUGCCUCUCCCGGUUCCUGUCUGGAGGAGUUCCGCUCGUCUCCGUUCAUCGAGUGCCACGGUCGAGGCACCUGCAAUUAUUACAGCAACUCGUACAGCUUCUGGCUGGCCACUGUGGAUGUGAAUGAAAUGUUCAGAAAGCCGCAGUCAGAGACACUGAAAGCUGGAAACUUGCAGACCCGUGUGAGCCGCUGUAUUGUGUGUAUGAAGAGGACGUAACGUAGUGACUUUUUUUGCAGUCUGUUGUUGUUGAGGAUCAGCCAUCAUUACAACGACUGCGGUCAUCAUGCUGAUUACCAGUGAAGUUUCAUUGGUGCAGUGUCUUCACAUUUAACUCUAUGGUGCUACUGUGCAACACAGCAAAAGAAACUGAACAAAAUAAAUGAAUUUAUUAGCCUUUUUUAUUUUAAAGAAGUACCUCAAAAGAAAAAUGCAGAUCCAGCAAGGUGCCAUGGCAGUUGUGACACAAUGUGCAUUAGAUUUUUUUUCUCUCUAGAGAUUCUUUUCAUGUAAUAUUUUCCUACAAGAAUUUUGAUGUUGGUACACAAAUGGUACAUUUUUUGGGAGAAGCGCUCUCUCGCUUUUUUCUUUUUUUCUUUCGAGUGGAAUUGUCUCCAUGUUACCAAAUCGGCACUUUGAACAUCAAAGAGACGAAAUGCACUGAAGCGUUACAUUAAUGGGACUGCUUUUUUUAAUGCUAUCAUUUUUCCCCAAUCACUUUUUCUUCUUUAUUGGUGGUACUAACACUGCUGUUUCAGGACUUUUUAGCAAUGUGUCAUUUAUCUCUUUUUGUAAGUAAUAAAAUGUGUAUAUUGUGUAAAACACCUUUUUAGCGUAAAUACAAAACCGAUCUUUUUAAUGAAUUUCUGGGUUCUUUGUCAGUAUGCUCACCACUUACUCCUUUAUUCACAUAUUAGUUCCACGUUAAUUUACACUGACAUUUGUACAAAGAACUUUCUUUAAAUGAAACAGUAUUUUAUAAAUAUAUAUAUAUUAAAAAGAAAGUAUAUAUCCAGAAACUUGAUUUGGCUGUAGGAGGGUUUUUUUUUUUUCAUUCAGUAGUUCUUCAUAACACACAUGCGUAAAUUGAAUUGUUUUUACAGACCACUCCUUUAUUCAGAUUUCAUUUAACCAGCAAGGACAUUUCUGUGAAAACCCAUCAAGUAGUAGUGUUAUGAAUUUGUAAACUUUUCAUUGGUUCUUAUGUGUUAUAUUACGCCACAGUGUGGCCUGUCACCGUUUCAGAUUAGAUGAACCACUGUCUGUCAACCAAUGUGAACAUAAACUACACUGUGCAAUACUAUGUUACAGUUAUAGAAUAUAUAAAUAGUUUUGUGUAUGCAUAGUUGUACACAGUACAUGCAUACAAUAUACAUACAAUUAGCUUAUAGUGGUGGUUCAUCUAACCUAAAACAGUGAAGAUCUUUUCACAUGUCAUCAUGGGGUGCAAAAAUGUGUACUUUAAAAUCAUUUCCCCCUUUAUGUCUAGUAUCCAGAAGUUGUUAUAAACUUAAAUGACUGAAAUAAAAGAAACAAACUUUG